CGAGCGAGCCCCCGGUGGGAGUCCUCCGAUCGCGUUCCUCGCGGCUGAUCAAAUUGUUAUUACAGCGCAGAUGGGAUGCGCUUCAUUUAUUUUAAUUCCACUCCCGCAACAGGAUCCAUGACGCUUCUGUGUUUCUCGCGGUGGGCGGUGCUAAUGUUAAUCAAUGGGCGUAGUCGAAAAAUUGACACAAGUUGAGGCAAUCAAUUGGACGGAUUCUGAUGACAUAUCGACGCGACCGUGUAAUAUUGCAAUCCAUUGUCCCGUUUAUUGCUUAAUCAAUCCUGAUCGAUAUCGCUUUGCAUUCAAUGCAAUUAGGAGCCCAGCCGUUAACGUACCGCGUCGCGUUGUUGGAGUGGAGUGUGGGGGGCGGGGGUGUCGAAUGCAGGUGUUUUGUGAUUACUGUCGUGACGUUGGUCUGACUUUCUCUCCCUGUCGCGCGCGCGCGCGCGCGUUCUCCCUCUACCUUCUCGUGCCCGCGCACGUGUUUUCUGGGGUUCGCUUGAUUGAGACUGCUGCUACACUCGUCCCACCGACGCGUUUGUUUGCGCUUUAAUAUUCACCUGUAAACACGAGCCAGGGCACUUUUGUCAACAUUUACCCCCACUUUGACGUCUUCACUCCCGGAAUAUAUAUUUAAACAUAUAUUUUGCGGAGGGGUGGAUCGGGGAAGGUUCCGUAUUUUUUUUCACGUUUUAAAAUUAUCGAGAAGGAUAUUCUACUGGAGGAGGACUGCUACAUUUUUUUUGUUUUUUCUCCCCCCACUCGGUGGAGGACGCCCCGCACGGGAGAAGACUCGAGAUCCACUCGCCACUCGGGGAGGAGGCACCCCUAAUCUUUCACACUCUGAAGACUUCAAGACUCGACUGAACAUGUGACCAGUGGAUGGACUCCCGAAAUAGAUGAUUUGAAACCGCCAACCAUCACCCCCCACCCCUCCCCAAUCUAGAUUGGAAGAUGACUCGCUCAUGGGGCUCAGCUAGCUUCACCCCUCGGCUCCCCCCGCCCUCCCUCGUCAACCAGUAGAAAGCCCGCUUACUAUCGGAAUUACCUUUUUGAAUUCCCCCUCCCAAAAAUGGAGCCUCGAUCGAACCCUCAGCCUCGGUUCAAACCGGUCGUCUUUGUCUUGCUGGCCAUGUCAUCCGCUUGCCUCCUUCCCGUCGCCCGGCCGCAGCGACUCCCCGUCGACCCCCAGGCCGCGCCGGAGUACGCCCACUCCGUCCGACUGGACGGCGACAUCAUCUUGGGCGGCUUGUUCCCGGUACACUCGCGGGGUGACCGCGGCACGCCUUGCGGGGACCUCAAGAAAGAGAAGGGCAUCCACCGCCUGGAGGCCAUGAUGUUCGCCAUCGACCUGAUCAACAAGGACCCCGAGUUGCUGCCCAACAUCACGCUGGGGGCGCGGAUCUUGGAUACUUGCUCCAGGGACACGUACGCUCUGGAGCAGUCGCUGACCUUCGUGCAAGCCCUGAUCGAGAGGGACGGCUCGGAUGUGCGCUGCGCUAACGGCGACCCGCCCAUCUUCACCAAGCCGGAUAAAAUCGUGGGCGUCAUCGGCGCGGCGGCCAGCUCCGUCUCCAUCAUGGUGGCCAACAUCCUGCGCCUCUUUAAGAUCCCGCAGAUCAGCUACGCGUCCACGGCCCCCGAGUUGAGCGACAACACCCGCUACGACUUCUUCUCCCGCGUGGUGCCGCCGGACUCCUACCAGGCGCAGGCCAUGAUGGACAUCGUGACGGCCAUGGAGUGGAACUACGUGUCCACGCUGGCCUCGGAGGGCAACUACGGCGAGAGCGGCGUGGAGGCGUUUGUCCAGAUCUCCCGAGAAACCGGUGGUGUUUGUAUCGCGCAGUCCUUGAAGAUUCCAAGGGAGCCGAAGCCGGGGGAGUUUGACAAGAUCAUUAGACGCCUGUUGGAGACCUCCAACGCCAGGGCCAUCAUUAUGUUCGCUAAUGAGGACGACAUACGGCGCGUUUUGGACGCGGCCAAGCGCAACAACCAAACGGGCCACUUCCUGUGGGUGGGAUCCGACAGCUGGGGGUCCAAGAUCUCCCCCGUCGUCGGCCAGGAAAGGGUGGCGGAGGGAGCCAUUACCAUUCUUCCCAAGCGGGCUUCUGUGGACGCCUUCGACCGCUAUUUCCGGAGCCGCUCGCUAUCCAAUAACAGGCGGAACGUUUGGUUUGCCGAGUUCUGGGAGGAGAACUUCAACUGCAAGCUGGGCAUGCACGGCAAACGACCGGGCAUCCUGAAAAAGUGCACAGGUUUGGAGAAGGUGGGCCGCGAUUCCAGCUACGAGCAAGAGGGCAAGGUGCAAUUCGUGAUGGACGCCGUGUACGCCAUGGCCCACGCGUUGCACCACAUGCACCGCAAGCUCUGCCACGGCUACCCGGGCCUGUGCCCGCGCAUGGCCAACAGCAUCGACGGCAAGGAGCUGCUCGGCCACAUCCGCGCCGUCAACUUCAACGGAAGUGCCGGCACGCCGGUGGUUUUCAACGAGAACGGCGACGCGCCGGGAAGAUACGAUAUUUUCCAGUACCAGAUCACCAACGGGUCCACGGCCGAGUACCGAGUCAUCGGCUCCUGGACCAACAAACUGCACCUCAAGGUGGAGGCCAUGCGCUGGAAGACGGGCGACCCGUCGCUGCCGGCCUCCGUGUGCAGCCUCCCGUGCCGCGCCGGCGAGAGGAAGAAGGUGGUGAAGGGGGUCCCCUGCUGCUGGCACUGCGAGCGUUGCGAGGGCUACCACUACCAGGCCUCCGAGUUCAUGUGCGAGCUGUGUCCGUACGAAAUGCGCCCGGACGCCAACCGCACGGGCUGCGUGGCCAUCCCCAUCAUCAAGCUGGAGUGGAACUCGCCGUGGGCCGUGGUGCCGGUUUUCCUCUCCAUGCUGGGCAUCAUCGCCACGUCCUUCGUCAUCGUCACCUUCGUGCGCUACAACGACACGCCCAUCGUGCGGGCCUCGGGCCGUGAGAUGAGCUACGUGCUCCUCACGGGGAUCUUCCUGUGCUACGCCAUCACCUUCCUGAUGAUCGCCGCGCCGGACGUGGGAGUGUGCUCCCUGCGCAGGAUUUUCCUGGGUUUGGGCAUGUGCUUCAGCUACGCGGCGCUUCUCACCAAGACUAACCGGAUCCACCGCAUCUUCGAGCAGGGGAAGAAGUCGGUCACGGCGCCCAGAUUCAUCUCCCCGGCCUCCCAGCUGGUCAUCACCUUCUCCCUCAUCUCGGUCCAGCUGCUGGGCGUGUUCUUGUGGUUCGCCGUGGACCCGCCGCACACGGUGGUGGACUACGGCGAGCAGCGAACCCAGGACCCCAGGGCGGCGCGCGGGGUCCUCAAGUGCGACAUCUCGGACCUGUCGCUCAUCUGCUCCUUGGGCUACUCCAUCCUGCUGAUGGUCACGUGCACGGUCUACGCCAUCAAGACGCGCGGCGUCCCCGAGACCUUCAACGAGGCCAAGCCCAUCGGGUUCACCAUGUACACCACCUGCAUCAUCUGGCUGGCCUUCAUCCCCAUCUUCUUUGGAACUUCUCAGUCUGCGGAGAGGAUGUACAUCCAAACCACCACGCUGACCAUCUCGCUCAGUCUGUCGGCGUCCGUCUCCCUGGGGAUGCUCUACAUGCCCAAAGUCUACAUCAUCCUCUUUCACCCCGAGCAGAACAUUCCCAAACGCAAGCGCAGCUUCAAGGCCAUCGUGACCGCCGCCACCAUGUCGGGGAAACUAUCGCAGAAGGGAGGCGACCGGCCCAACGGCGAAGUCAAGACGGAGUUGUGCGAGAGCAUGGAGACCAACAGUGACUUCAUCUAAGACGACGUACGUCAGCUACAGCAAUCACGCCAUCUGAGAACAAAAAAAAAAAAAAAACUAACUAACGCCGCACAAGACUGAAGAAGCGAUCCAAGCAUGAAGACAUUUUCACAUCAGGGAAGAAAAGGGGCUUGCUUUCCUGACGCUGAUGUAACUAAGGAAGGGAGGGGUAGGGGAGGGGGAGACAACAAAAAAAAAAAAGGACAAUGUCAACCGGGAGCUUUGACUUGGACUCUGGAAGUUAAAAAAAAAAAAUUAAACGUGUAUCCGUUGUAUGCGUCAGGGCCUGGAAUAGAGUUACCAUCUAUGAGACUAAACAUGUUUGUUGUUCUAAUCGUUAAGUAUUUUUUGUGGUUGUGACAACCCCCCUCCCCCACCACCAACACCCCCCUGCCACCCUCCCCAUUCUUGUCUCACCGUUGUUGAAUCGUCCUUGCAAACGGGAGAUGAGUGCAUUUCCUCCCAACCGUCUUGGCUAACGGGGUCGUGAACCUUGUAAACACACAUCCAUGGGGUGACGCAUGCCGCUUUUGAUACCGAAAGGAGAUCUAUUUAUAAAUAAAAAGGAAUGUUUUUUUUUUUUUUUUUGCUAAAAUCUGG